AUGCUUUCUGACGCUUUCAUUUGUCUCCGACGUUCAGGCCAACUGGAAGUGCACUCUGUGCCUCAGUUCGCCGAGGAGCUGAGGCCGACGACUGUGCUGGUCGGCGAACCGGUACAUCUUCACUGCCGACUGGAGCCACUGGCCAGACUCGAUACUCCCACCGAAACGGCAGACAAGCCUUCUACCGAGCUCGAGGUGAUCUGGUACCACAACGGGAUCCGCAUCCCCACGUCCGGAGCCAGAGACGCCUACGUCAACCUCGAGCGGCGUGGAGACGAGCUGGCGUUGCGCAUCGCUCGAGCCACGGAAGAGGACGAGGGUACCUAUCGCUGCGAGGUUCGUACGCUGGGCGGACGAGCCGAGGUCUCCUGUCAACUCAUCGUGGAAGGUAGGUCCUGUUUACUGCCAAUCUGCCGGUCUACGGCUUGA